CACGAGUGCGUACCAACCCCCUCCAUUCUCCGUCCCCUCCCUUCUGCUUUCUCCCGCUCCUCUUGCUCCACUUUUUUUUUUUUGCGCUAUAGUGGCGACGACCUGCGUGGAUCCGUGCGUGUGCGUGGGUGCUAUCAUUUUUUUUUUUCACGCGGAGGACGAGACAUGGGCUCCGUUUCCAACCAGGACUUCCCAGGGGUGUGCAAGGCGGACGAGGACGAGGGCCCCAUCCCGGCCGAGGAGGACUCGCAGACCCUCCUGCAGGGCCUCGGCUUGUGCAAGUGGUUCAACGUGCGGAUGGGCUUCGGCUUCCUGUCCAUGACGAGCCGGGACGGCGUGCAGCUGGACGAGCCAGUGGACGUGUUCGUGCAUCAGAGCAAGUUGCACAUGGAGGGAUUCCGCAGCCUGAAGGAAGGCGAACCCGUGGAGUUUACCUUCAAGAAGUCCUCCAAGGGGCUGGAGUCGCAGCGGGUCACAGGCCCCGGCGGCGUCCACUGCGUGGGCAGCGAGCGCAGGCCCAAAGGGAAGAAGGUCCAGAAGAGACGCUCCAAAGGAGACCGGUGCUACAACUGCGGUGGUCUUGACCACCAUGCCAAAGAGUGCAAGUUGCCGCCUCAGCCCAAAAAGUGCCACUUCUGCCAGAGCAUCGAUCACAUGGUGGCCAACUGUCCAAUCAAAGCACAGCAGCCCUCGCCGGGUCCUCAGGGAAAGCCGUCCUCCUUGAAGGGCAACGAGGAGGAGCAAGGGGGACGCGCCUCGACCGCGCCGCCCCCUCUUCAGGAGCCCUCCGAUUAGAGAGGCCGGGUGGAGGUGGGUUUUUUUGGGGGGGUUGGUUGGUUGGGCAGCACAGAGGCCAAUCAAACUGUUUUGACAGAGGGAUCGCCGCGCACCUAAAGCUUCUUUUGGAACUACCUCAGGUUGAAACGAAUAUUCUCAAGAAGAAUGUUGCUGAUGUAUUUCUUCGAUAUUUUUGAAUUUGUUGUUAUUGCUUACACUCAGGAAUACUGCUGUAUGAUUGCACUCUUUUCAAUAGUGAGAAUCACUGAUGUUCUUUAUAGGCCUUUACGUUACACUUACUUCCAGGUGGCAAAAAACAGACAACCCAACCACAACCGCAGGUUCCACUUGAAUUUUUUUAUUUUUAUUUAAUUUUUUUAACUUUUGAGUACUCACCAAUAUGAUUACCGAUACCACUAGUACUUUUGAUAUAUAUAAUAUCAAUGAACACAGUGAGAGAGAAUUGCAAAGACCUUUCUUUCUUUCUUACGCACAUGAUGAUUUGCCGAUGUGUCAACCGUCGCACUGUAGCCCCAACUACUGCAGAGGAGGGCUUACUCAAUGUGAGACUUCUAUAUAUAUAUUUUUUUUUUUGGCUGAUAUCGACAGCCUUCACCCGAUACCUUGAAAUAAGGCCGGUGUCGCCCUGACACAGAUACCUGGUAUUGGUACUCACCCAUCUGUAGGAAAAAAAAAAAAAAAAAAAAAGUAAACUUUUUGGGGUAUAUUUGGUGGUAUAACCCAU